AAAGCUUUCACUCAACGACGAUGGGCCUCUAUCUCCUCGAUUACGGUGCAGGAAACGUUCAGAGUCUAGCAAAUUCUCUCAAGAAGCUUGGUCACCCAUUUCGAUGGAUAUCGAAUCCAUCGGACUUCCGUGAGGCUACUUCCCUCAUUUUCCCCGGCGUUGGUGCCUUUGGCACUGCUGUUGAGAAUCUCAGAUCUAAAGGUCUACUUGAGCCUCUCAGAGAAUAUAUUCAAUCCGGGAAGCCCUACUUUGGUAUAUGUAUUGGCAUGCAAGUCCUGUUCGAAGCGUCCUCGGAGUCACCCUCUCUCGGUAUGGGGAUCAUACUGUCUACAGUAGAAAGAUUAAAGGAUGAAGACAAAGCCGUCCCUCACAUGGGUUGGAAUGCUGCCAGUCCUGUGCCGCAGAAACAUGGCGAAUCUGCGUAUUACUAUUUCGUUCAUUCGUAUUGCGCCAAAUACGAUCCCGAAAAUUAUCCAGACGCAGCGAAAUGGGCACAUACAACAACACAAUAUGGCAAGGAGAUAUUCAUCUCCACCGUAAGGAGAAGCAACGUUUUCGGUUGCCAGUUCCAUCCAGAAAAAUCAGGCGCUGCAGGUCUCGAUCUCAUUGAUCGAUGGCUGCGUACAUCAGAUUCAGAGUAUGUAUCUAGUCCGUCGUCUGCUUUUUCGCCACCAUCAAUCCAACCAAAGCCGAGGGAUAGCCUAACCAAACGCAUCAUUGCCUGCAUGGACGUGCGGACCAAUGAUGAAGGGGAUCUUGUCGUUACGAAAGGGGACCAGUAUGAUGUACGUGAAAAGACGUCAACCACUGCAGGCGGAAAAGUCAAAAUAGCAGGUGCUAUCCGCAAUCUCGGGAAACCCGUGGCACUUGCAUCUACAUACUACACCGCAGGUGCCGACGAGUUGUGCCUGUUGAACAUCACAUCUUUCCGCCACUCCCCCCUUAUCGAUCAACCUAUGCUUGCUGUCGUUCGUGCAGCUGCAGAACGUGUUUUCGUUCCCCUCACUAUUGGUGGUGGAAUCAAAGACACUGUAGACCCUGAUGGUACGAAGCACACUGCCCUCGAAGUUGCUUCGGAGUAUUUUCGUGCUGGGGCAGAUAAAGUGAGCAUAGGUUCGGAAGCUGUCUAUGCCGUCGAAAGGCUUUUGGCAUCGUCCGAUCCCAGCAAGGGAGACGGAACCAGUGCCAUUGAAACUAUCGCCCGUGCAUAUGGUCGUCAAGCUGUUGUGGUCUCUAUCGACCCGAAAAGGGUAUAUGUCGACGAUCCCGGUACAUACGACGGGCGUGGCAAAGAUGAACUCGUUUACGGUAAAGACUCUCCUAUCGAAACCGAGAGAUGUAAGAGUUGGUGGUACACGUGCACCAUAUCGGGUGGCCGGGAGAUGAGGAACAUCUCCGUCUGCGAAUUGGCUCGUGGGGUCGAGAUACUAGGGGCAGGAGAGUUGUUGGUGAACAGUAUCGACCGAGACGGAACUGGAUUGGGUUUCGAUCUAGACCUUUUAAAGCUUGUGCGAGGCUGCGUUAAAAUACCAGUUGUGGCAAGCAGUGGGGCGGGCAGGGCCGACCACUUUUUAACUGUUUUCAGGGAAACAGGUGUUGAAGCAGCGCUGGCUGCUGGUAUCUUUCACCGAAAAGAAGUAGGCAUCGAUGAACUCAAGCGGUACUUAAAGGACGGAGAGAUACAGGUGAGGACCCGUGUGGGGUGA